CGGUGGCGUCAGGGCGGGAGCGGUGACGUGAGGCUGCGGGGGGCAGCGGCGGCGGCGGCGGAGCUGCGGGACGGGAGCGGGGCCGUCACGGGAGAUCACUCUGGUCCCCAGCUCUCCAUGCUGACAUGGUAACGGAACGGCGGCUCUCAGUGGCGGGCAGGCAGGGACAGCUGCAGAGAGGCUAGUGCAACUGGCAGGGUCCAUCUCGGAUAGAUGCGGAUGAUGCCAGAGCUAUGACAGGGAUUGCAGUCCUGGCACUGAGGGGUGAUCAGUUAUGGAACAACUACAGGAGGAAGUACCUGAGGUCAGGGAAGAGGAGGAGGAAGAGGAAGAGGCAGUGACAGUGCCUAGCGGAGCCUCGGACCCAAGUGUAGGACCAGACAGCUCACUGCCCUCGAGCAGCUACACCGACCUUUCACAGAGCUCCUCUCCCUCCCUGUCAGACCAACUGCAGAUGGGCUGUGAGGAGACGGCCUCGGGGGCGCUGAACGUGGAGUGCAGAGUCUGUGGAGACAAAGCCUCGGGCUUCCACUAUGGUGUGCACGCCUGCGAGGGCUGCAAGGGUUUCUUCCGCCGGACGAUCCGCAUGAAGCUGGAAUAUGAAAAGUGUGAGAGAAGCUGCAAGAUUCAGAAGAAGAACCGGAAUAAGUGCCAGUACUGCCGCUUCCAGAAAUGCCUCUCGUUGGGCAUGUCACAUAAUGCGAUCCGCUUUGGCCGCAUGCCGGAAGCAGAGAAGAGGAAGCUGGUAGCUGGGCUGACGGCAAGUGAGAUCAGCUGCCAGAACCCACAGGUGGCCGACCUGAAAGCUUUCUCCAAGCACAUCUACCACGCCUACCUGAAAAACUUCAACAUGACCAAAAAGAAAGCGAGAGGUAUCUUGACCGGGAAGGCCAGCAGCACCCCACAGCCUUUUGUGAUCCAUGACAUGGACACCCUGUGGCAAGCAGAAAAGGGGCUGGUCUGGAAACAGCUGGUGAAUGGGAUCCCCCCCUACAAGGAGAUUGGCGUGCACGUCUUCUACCGCUGCCAGUGCACCACUGUAGAAACUGUGCGGGAGCUCACCGAGUUCGCCAAGAGCAUCCCCAGCUUCAUAGGCCUCUACUUGAAUGACCAAGUGACUCUGCUGAAGUAUGGGGUGCACGAGGCCAUCUUUGCCAUGCUGGCCUCUAUCAUGAACAAGGAUGGGCUGCUGGUGGCCAACGGGAAUGGCUUCGUGACCCGCGAGUUCCUGCGUAGCUUGCGCAAGCCCUUCAACGAGAUCAUGGAGCCCAAGUUUGAGUUUGCUGUGAAGUUCAACGCACUGGAGCUGGAUGACAGCGACCUGUCUCUGUUUGUGGCUGCCAUUAUCCUGUGCGGAGACCGUCCCGGCCUGAUGAACGUGAAGCAGGUGGAGGAGAUCCAAGACAACAUCCUCCGAGCGCUGGAGUUCCACCUGCAGUCCAACCACCCGGACGCCCAGUACCUCUUCCCCAAGCUGCUGCAGAAGAUGGCUGACCUGCGGCAGCUGGUGACAGAGCACGCCCAGCUGGUGCAGAAGAUCAAGAAGACAGAGACAGAGACCUCCCUGCACCCUCUCCUGCAGGAGAUCUACAAGGACAUGUACUAAGGACCUCUUAUUUAUGAGAAUGAAGCCAUGGAUUCCAAGCGAGACUCUUUGUACAAAAACAAAGAAAACCUUUCCCCAUGUCUUCCAUUUCUUCUACUGGAAACUCUUUUCUACACGACUCCAAUGUACGGUACAUAGGGCAAGGCGCCGGAAGGUUUUGCAGUCACCUCCUGGUAGCUUGGGACUUCCAUUGACACACUAAUGAAUUUACUAAGGCAAAUCAUAAGCUACUGUUUCCAUUACUGUGGGGCCUCCAGAGCAGCUGGGUGGUUUGCAUGGCAUGGACAGGGGAUUCCUGCAGCAGCUUGGGGCUAGUGGGGGCUGCUCUGGUUGUUGAGAGCCCCCAGCAUGGUGUGGUUUCCCCGUGGGCAGCAGCAGCACUUGGCGUGUGUCUGUCAUAUUGCACUCUGAAGAUGUAGUCCUGAGCUGUGAAGUUUAGGACAGUGGCACAAAAGGAAGUAUUUCUCUUCCCCAAGGAAAAGCUGGCGUAUUUGAAGAUGUGUAUGGCUGUCCUAGCAAAGAGCCUUGGCUGCAGCCCCCCUCUCUGUGCUCCCAGUGCCUCCACUUCAGAGGAACCUGUCCCUUAGCACCUCUGUGUCAAAGAGGGGAGGGAAGGGGUUGACUCAAGAAUUCACCUUCGGAGCUGAGGCUCGUGAUCCUUUUGCUUCCCCAGGCAGUUCUGUGCAGAUAGGAGUUCCAGAAAGGUCUGCACAGGGCAGGUUUGGGAUGAGGUGGCUGUGCAAGCUCCCUGCAAGCACCAGAGCAAGCAAAGCCUUCAGCAACACCAGCAUGGGGAAAGUCACGGUCAGCCCACAGAGCCCAGGGUGCUGACAGGGCGUCUGUGGGGCCGUGGGGAGGGAGCACAUCGCGGGCUGGAAGGUUCUGCAGAAGAGAUCUGGUGAUCCACGGCACCAGCAGAGCAGCCCUGAUGGGGGAACAGCAGCACUGGGGAGCGCAGGAGAUCGCUGCACCCCAACCUGGUGUUGCUGCCACCAAAGUGUGCGUGGCCUUCGCCCCUCUGCUUAAGGCUGUGCCUCAGUUUCCCCCUCCAGGAAAGGGAGCCAGGCUGCCCUUUGCUCAGAAGGGGAAAAUGAAAAUCAAUCAGUGCACUGGUUGCAAAGAGCUUUGCAGCUGUAAAACACAGUAUAAACACCAACUAUUCAUUAGGGGGAGGGAUGCUUCCCCUGCCCUGUUCCACCCAUACCCUGAGCUUGGGGACAGCUUUGGGUUCUGGCCUUCCCCUCCAUGCUGCUGGGCUGGCAAUCCCACACCUGCUGCUGCCCUCUGCCUCCUCACUGUGCCUCUGUUUCCCCACCCUCACCUCCCAGCCGUACCUUGCAGGGCUGUUAAGGAGUUACCAUUUCUAAAGCACUUUGAAGUCCUCUGGGGAAGGCACCAGAGGUGUCUGCUGCUCCCAGCAUGGGGGUCUGUCCCCAAAGCCCCUGCUGGCCCCCAAAGCUCGGUGGCACCCCCAGGGCACGUGGACCCCUGCGUUGGUCACCUGGGGAACUUUUUGCUCUUCCCUUCAGUGUAACAACCCUCAAACUGAAAUGUAUAUUUUUGCUAGAAGUACAAACCUCCAGGUGUUUUUAAUAAUAUAAAUAGUGUCUGCAAACUGAUGACUUUAAAUAAAUCUGAACUAAAUAUUUAAGCACCUUUUAGCACCCAGCCCUUCUGUGCAGGAUUGAGCACUCAGGUUGUUUCCAGCACAGGGCAUGGGAUGCAUUUCUAUUCCUGCCUGCAUUCUGCGUUUCCAACGGGACCAAAAGGCAGCGGGAGCAUGUUGUCAGUGAUGUGGUCUCAGCUUCAUUUAAGUGCUCCCUGCCCCAGAUCUAAAGUGAACCAGCAUAGUGAACCUGCUCAGGUGCUCCAGGGGAAGUCACACUGUGUCCCUUUGCAUUUCCCAUACCUGAUUUAUGGCAAUUUGGGGAUAGAGAGCUUCCCCACACCUCCCACCAGCAUGAGGAAAAGCAGGGCAAGGGUUAACACAAUUAAGGUGAGGGUGUGCCCACCCCACCAAGGUCAUAAAAGCCCCAGAGGUACCUCUCACCCUCUGUACUGCUGGAGGAAAUGGAGCCGAGCUCACUGGUGGCACCGGGGGCACAACGGGGCCGGGGGGCCUCUGUGAGACCCCUGUGCAGGAAUUUUGCCCGCGGUUCGUGCAGGUUUGGGCAGCGCUGCCGAUUCUCGCACGGCACGAAGGUUCCCCCGGCCCGGCACCGCGCUCCGGGAGACUCCCAGCACGACCCGGAGCAGCCGCUGCCCGCAGUGAACGGCCGCAGCCCGGUGCACCGCCGCCGGGGGGGGUCAGAGCCGGGGGCGGUGGUCCGGAGCCGGAGGGGAGCGGGGCACAGCUCUGCUGCCAGCACAACGCGGGCAGCCUUCGGACUGCCACGGGCGGAGGAAGAGGAUGGCACUGAGAACAUCCCGGCACGCGGUGACCCCCCCGGAUGGGCUGUCCGUGGAGGAUUCGGCUCUGCGAGAGCUCGGAGUGCCGCAGGUUCCCGCCUGAAGGGACUGAGAUCAGAUCCCAGUUCCCCAGCCCCCAGCAAAGCAGUGCAGACGGCGUGGGCUCCGUGCUUGGAGG